GUGUAUGCCAGAGCACCUGAGUCGUCUGGAUGUGGACCCCCAUGAGGUGGUGCUGUGGGUCCUGUUGAAGAGGGCUCGUUCAGCCAAUAGGACCACCAGACUGACUGCUGUACAGGAACUGGCCCAGAACCACCACUGGCAGGGUGAGACAUGACUCGUCACUUUUAACCUGUAAACAGUCUAUGUGUGAUGAUGAACUUUGAUUGGCCCGUUCCCCUGUCCAUUACAGACUACCAGUACCAGACAACGGCCCAGGCCAUAGACCAGCGAACCGAGUUGGGUCUGGCCUGCACCCCUCAAUUGUACCUGCGCUUCUUCCUGUCUCCACCCGUCCUGCCUGGGGUGGAAGAUGGGUUUUCUGUAGAGGACGGUCUGAGGCAGCUGCUGGCAUCUCUCCCCCAGUCUAAGGUGGACCAGUGUGUCCCAGUACUUCACCUCACCACCCUGAGGGAGAGCGCCCAGUCCCUGGCAGCACAGAGGGUAAGAGAUGCACACACUUGCACACACCAGCACCAUACCACCAAUAAAAAUUCUGAGUAUGUGUAA